UUUCCGCUGACAUUCGGCUACGGUUGUCCGUCCAUAAGGAACCUGCAACCAUGUUACAAUGAAUUUUACGUUCCUUUUGUGUCGCUUGUUGUUAUUCGCAAUUUUAAAUUUUAACUUUAGAUAUGAAAUUAAUAAUCAGGUAGAUGCCAGACCUUAUGAAGCAAUUCGAAGUAUAGUGGAGAGCUCAGAUAGCAUUGGUAUUCAGAAUUCGGCUGACGUACAUGGUGCUAUUGGUAAAAAGAAGAGACGAACCAGUAUAAUCUACUUGGAUGUAACAGAAGCAACGAAAAGUAAAAAAAACAAGACUAAAAAGAAAAAAGGGAAGAAAAAGAAACGACCGAAAAAGAAAAAUAAGAAUCGAAGGAAGAACAACAAGGAAAGCGGAUCAAUAAUUAAUAAGCUCCAUGAAGAAUCAUCUGGCAGCAAUGGUAUCCUACGUCGUAAAGCAACGUCGCUGUUGUCUUCCGAUUGGAAGGAGCUCGUACCAGAGUCUAACAUGUCUGACUCGAAAUUGUCAGGAGAAAAUAAUAUGAACAGAAAACCCGUAGACAUUAUUGUACAUAUUAAAGUCAAAGAAUAGUAUGAUUUGUUUUUAUU